UUGACAUCGAUGUAAUAGUUUUCGAUUCAGAGAUUAAAUUACCACUUGUAAAUCAUUCGUAUUAAUUGAAUUUGGUCAUUUAGAAUUGUGUUCACAGUGUUUUACAAUUGUGUUAAUUGAUCAAUUUGGCCAUCAAAUUUUAUCAUCCGGUUUCCAGUUGAUUUUCAAUUUAAAUUAAUCUUGGUAUAUAGCUUAAAAAUUACAAACAUCGCUCAUCUAGAUGAAUUGGCCAAACAAUGAUAACCAAAUCGAUCAACAACAAUCCAGCCGGUUCGAUCAAUCUGGUUGUAAAAAGAAAGAUUCAAGUGAACUAAAAAAAUGUCCAUUACGUGCACAGCAUUCCGCAUCGGCAGCUGAAUCAUCAUCAUUGACAUCAUCAUCGUUGAUUGAUCGAAAAUCAAUGUCGCCAUUAUCGCCAUUUCCUCGACGAACAUCGACAACAAAAUCUUUGCCAUCAAAACGAUCAUCAUCAUCAGCAUCAGUAUCGUCGUACAAAUCGUCUUCUUCAAUGAAUGUAAGAAAAAAACUGGUCAUUGUAGGUGAUGGUGGUGUGGGUAAAACCUGUCUACUAUUGAACGGUUUGCUAAACAAAUCAUCAUCAUCAUCAUCAUCAUCAUCAUCAUCAUCAUCAUCAUUGACCAUUAAUGGAGAUGAAAAUAGUAAAUACUUUUUUGAACAUUACUGUCCAACCGUAUUGGUCACCACUCUUCAUACUUUGGAUUAUCAUGGCUGUAAGAUGGAAGUAGCAUUUUGGGAUACGGCUGGUAAUGAAGAAUUUAGCCGUUUGCGACCAUUCUCUUAUGCAAAAUGUGAUGUCAUUUUAUUAUGCUUUGCCAUCGAUUCUAUGUGUUCAUUUUUGAACGUAAAACAAAAAUGGGUACCAGAAUUACAUCAUUAUUGUCCUAAAGUUCCAAUCAUUUUGGUUGGAACAAAAAAAGAUUUAUUGGAUCAGACAGCCACAGAAAAUGACAAAGGCUACUACAACAGUGAACAGCUACAGUAUGAUCAACGAGCAUUAAUGGCCAAUAAUAUAAAAGCAGUCGGUUAUUGGGAAUGUUCAGCUAAAACCGGUGAUGGUAUCGAUAAAUUAAUUGAAGGUAUCAUUGACACAGCAUUCGGUCCUAGAGAUGAGUUUGCAAAUGAUAAUCAACACAAUGACGAUAAUUAUAUCGAAAAUAACACAAACAACAACAACAACAAUGAUAACAACGGAAAUAAAAAAAUCGUAAAAAAGAAACCGGUCGAAGCUAAACCUUUACUAUGCCAUAUAAUUUAGAAUAUAUUCAAUCGGAAUUAUGAUCCGUCAAAAACAAAAUGAUUCCGAAAAUUAUUAUUUAUAUAAAAAUUAAAAUUUUGAUUUAUUAACAAAUGAA